CAUUAUACGAAGCAUUCACAGUGCUGUAAAAACUGUUGUGUUUUGAUGAAAGAAGCGGUUACUGAAGAAAAAAUAGCGACGAAGGAAAAAGGAACCAUUGAUGAUGAAGCUGGAAUUGCCGUUUCCGGGGAUGGAACCUGGAAAAAGCGAGGCUUCUCUUCUCGUUUUGGCGUGACUAUACUUAUCGGAAUUUUGACAGGGAAAGUUGUAGAUAUUCUGGUAAAAUCAUCUUACUGCAAAGCCUGCGAAUUUUGGGAAAAAAGAACUAACACCGCUGAAUAUGAGGAAUGGAAACAAGAACAUGAGUGUUUCGCAAAUCACACAGGCAGCGCAGGAAAAAUGGAAGUGGAAGGAAUGCAGGAAAUGUUUCAACGGUCCGUAGAACUGCGUGCAGUAAAAUACCUGCAUUAUAUCGAGGAUGGUGAUUGUAAGACGUUUAACUGUAUUCUAAAAACAAACCCCUACGAUAUUCCGGUUAUCAAAAAAGAGUGUGUAGGUCACGUACAAAAGAGAAUGGGAACUCGUCUUCGUGCACUAAAGAAAAACACGAAAGGUCUUGGAGGAAAAGGUAAACUAACGGGCAAAUGUAUAGACGAGUUGCAGACAUACUACGGUUUAGCCAUCAGGAGAAAUGCGGAUUCAAUGGAAAAAAUGAAAGCAGCUAUCUGGGCGACGUUUCUUCAUAAAAUUUCAACAGAUGAAAAACCACAACAUGAAAACUGUCCUUCUGGAGAAGAUUCGUGGUGCUCCUGGCAACGAGCGUAUGCUACCAACACUCUUACUGGCUAUAAACAUAAGACUGCUCUUCCCCAGAAUAUCCAAGAUGCAAUUCGACCCAUCUAUGAAGAUUUGAGCAGAGACGAUUUGUUGUCAAGGUGUGUUGGCGGAUAUACGCAGAAUAACAACGAAAGCCUGAACGAUCUUAUCUGGAAGAUUGCUUCAAAAGAGACUUAUUGUACUGCUGUAACUGUUGAAAUAGCCGCAUACAUUGCAGCAGCAAUCUUCAAUAAAGGUCACAUGAGCCUGUUAACAAUGUUGCAGACAUUGAAUGUGUCUAUAGGUAAUGCAGCCUAUAACAUGUGUCAGGAAAUCGAUGCCCAACGGAUUUGCACGGCUGAACUUAGGACGCUGGAAGCGACAAAAGAGAGCCGAAUUCGUCGCAGACAAAAUCGAUUACGAUUGCUGGACGGUCAUACUGUAGAUGAAGGUCAGCUUUAUGGCGCAGGCAUCGCCGAUUAGUGAUCAAUUCUAGAAGCUGAACAACAC